AUGACUUCCGGGCCAUUGUUAAGAGGCGAAGAUGCCGAUGACGCAAAAAACACCGAACCGCUACCCAUGGCACCAAUGCCGAUAUUCGCUAACAUGGCAAUUCAAGGUGGCAGAGGUAUCACCAAGACACAUCAACCGGUCCAUGAAACUAUGACCAUUGCUGCCUUGAUAGCAUCUAAGUUCCCAAUGUCCGAAGGAACGACAUACAAAAACGCUCCCAAGGAGAUCAAGGAGUUUGUCCGCGGUUCUGUUUGGAACGACGAUCCGGGAUGCCUAUUGUUCGAGAAGGACACACACGACAAUUACAGGCUUAGUGAUGGAACUAAAUGGUUUAAAGAGUACGAAUCUGCAGAAGGGGGUCUACUUGGCGGGUUCGUUGGAUGGAUAACUGGCACCCCACGGCAAACCAUUACAGGACGAUCCCACUUUGGUGACUUGCAGUUCCUCCAUGCCAUGGCUGCGCAGGAAAGAGAAGAGCCCCAGGAAACCAAGGAAAAGAUCAUGAUGUGGCUGGAAAUCAUGUACAAGCUAUCGGUGGGCGAUCAGGGUAUCCAUGAAAACAUGAGACUCGACCAAAUCGAUGUUUCCAGCUCAUCUCGAUACCAACUUCGAAUGUUUUUCAAGGAAGACACUUCUCCCAGUGGCGGAGAGACCCUGCUGCCCCUAAAGAUGAAACCUGGCGUAGCAGAUCGCUGGGGCAAGAUAGAAAACUUCCACACCUACAGAGGCCAAUCCUCAGACCAUGGCCAUUACGACCACAGCAACGUCCAAGUCGAAGAGUGGGGCAACCUUGGAGAUUUGGACAAGUUCAACGGGAUGAUUGGAGUACGGGACGGUAUCGAUGCAUGCAUUACUCUGGCGAACUACUGGCAUGAUCGGGUUGCUUGGGAAAACGGAGUAGAGACAUGGUUGAGGGAUACUGUUUUCGCUCUUGCUGAAGAUGUAACUCGGGCGAAUCAUGAAGUGUGA